AGCUUCCCAGAGGCAAUCCUUCCUUCAGCCAUGAAAUCAUUUACAUUGCUAAAAAUGCAGCAAGCUUUAAUCCUCAUUACCGGCGCCUUGCUAUUGUCGCAAUUCGUACACGCCUUGCCGCAUACGAAACGCGAGGUGGAGACCCUCCUCACCCACAACAGUAUUCAUUCCAGCCAUGAAUCUAGCGCCGAAGAAGACAAUCCAAAAAUGCAACUCAUGGCAUUUACUAUAGGCCAAUUAAGUCAACUUUCCAAAUGGAUACUCGAAAAGGGUAGCAUAGUUGUGAAGAACACCGUUGAAGAAUUGAAUGAAAUUCCGCAGAAAGAUGCACUCUUGCAAGCGAAUAUCACCCGUAUGCAUCGCAUUGCAACUGAAACGUCACAGCUGAACUUGGAAGAUAAUAAAGAAGGUAUUAUAAAACGAUUCGAAUUUCUGAUUGAUUUUGCAACAAUGAUGGAAGACUAUGAGAACAUGCCCGCGGAUUCAAAAUUACGACAUACUUUAAAAACAGCUUUGGAAAAUAAUGGUUACAACCGAUUUGAAAGCGAAUUUGAAGAGAAAAUCAUCGAGUUGGCUAAAAAUUUCGAUCAGGCAUUUGCUGAGUAUGUCAAAGCUUUGACUCUAGCCGAGAAAGCGAAGGAUGCUAAAUUGCUUGAGUGGUAUCAAGCAUUCAAGGCUGAAACAGACAGGGAGAAGAAGCUUGAUAAAUUUAGUGAUUUGUUUAGUUUUUAAUACCUAUGUUUGUUUGUAUUAAACUUUGUAAAAAACUAUUGACUACUUAAAUAAAA